ACCCACAAAUACAUACCUUUAGGUACCUAUACUCAUAGAAAAAGAAUCCGCGUACAACAAUUUCAAUCGCGAAGUAAUCUUCGAUCCAGUACCACAAAAGUAUAAGUAUGGAAGCAGAUGACAAAGAAGACAAAUACCAUCGGUAUCGGUAUCGAGAUCCCAGCGCACCCAGAAACGAACAAAAUGCACCCAGCAUAUGGUUUUCCAAACGGUUCAACAUAACAGUUUUAUUAUUUAUGGGAUACCUUAUGCAUGGAAUAAUAUUUCAAGUGACCGGAAUUUCGCUCGCUGAUAUGACCACCGAUCGAGUCAUCGUCAACCAGACAAAUAACAUGACCAUAAUCAAGCCAUCAGAUUUUCAAUGGGACUUGAAAACGGAAGAGAUAAUUUUGAGCAUGUUUUGGAUCGGUUUCCUAUUCUCCAUAUGUGGUGGGUUUGUAGCACAGAAAUAUGGAGGUGCUAGAACCCUAGGAAUAUCAAUGAUGCUAACAGGAAUAAUUUUGGCAAUGAAUCCAAUAUGUGCACGAAUACACUGCUAUCUUUUCGCGUUAUUUCAAAUAGUGACAGGUAUCUUACAAGGGUUAUUUUUAGUCAGCACUGCAGAAAUAUUUGCGCACUGGAUGCCGAUGAGAGAAAGAACUGUGCUGAUGUCUUUCGCCAUUAAUGGAAUUUACGUAGCAGCCGUGGUUAUGCAUCGUUUUUUCAGCAGUUUGGCUUAUAAUUGGCAAUGGACGAUGAAUUUUUACGUUUCAGGAAUCGUGUGUUUUGUAUGGUCAAUCAUUUGGCUAAACUACGUUGAAAAUGAACCCAUGAAGGAUAAACGAAUUUCCGAGAAAGAAUUUGAAUACAUUUGGCAAGAACCUGAAACUUUAUUGAGAAAACGACAGUAUAUUCUACCAUAUAUGGACAUUCUCUUAUCGCCGUCAUGUUGGGCACUCUUUUUUUGUGAAUUUGCCUUCGGCUGGGCAUCCGUUUACACGCUGACGUAUCUACCCCUGAAUUACAUAAAAGAUGUGACGAACGAGCAGACUACCUUGGAAAUAAAUGGAGUGUAUUUCAUUUUGCUAAUUCUGGAUAUCGUUAGCAUUUUUACAGUUCCCAUCACCGGAAUACUAAUCAACUUUUGGCUAAACAGCGAUGAUCGCAUUUCUUUUAGAACCGAGCUUCACAUUAUCUCUGUUAUGUAUAUAGUUGUUGGAUUCUCGUUCGUAGCUCUCGCUUUACUUAUCACAGUCACCACUCAUUUCUCACCGCCUGUGAGCUAUUUGCUAGCUAUCAAACCCUUACUGCCGUAUUGCCAAAUCAUUUUACAAAUGAUUCCUGUGCACAUGGCUCCCAAUCAUUCGAGCCUGUUAUCAGGAUUCGCUGUAUUUUGGCAAACUGUAGGCAUCUUAUGCGCCCAAACCUUCAUAAAACGAACAGUACAAGACCACAGAUUAGAAGAUUGGUACAUUUGUUUUCAAUUAUCAGCAGCAAUUUUGGCAUCGAGCGCUCUCAUAUUCAUGUGUUUUGGAUCUAGCAAACCACAACCAUGGUCAAGCAUCCCCCGAUCUCCUGAUAAACGUGAAAUUCAUCGUGAAGAAUCUAAAGAAUUAGUCGUGUUAUCGAAGAAAACAAACCUUUCUACAACUGAAUCUAGUAAUAAAAAAUAUGAAGAAGAAUUAACCGAACUUUCUUGACAGAAAUUCUUGUUCACUUUUUUUUUUUUGAUCUGUCAGCAUUAGAAAAAUAAAUCAGUUUUUUAUA